UGUCGAGCGCCGAGCAGCCGAGGGAGGUGGUGUCCGCUACGGUGUGAGAAACCGCGGAGGCCCAGAGCGGAGGGCUGGACAGUCCUGCGAGCCCGCGAAAGUCCGACCCGGUUUCUCUUGCUCCAGAGAGGAAUCCUCAUCCAGGGCCAUCAUGCCACUUCCCCAUCAUCUGUGUGCUGCUUGGUUAAGCUGAUGCUGCGGAAGCCCUGUUCCUUGUGGAGGAAUCAAGCUGACUCUUGGCAUGAGGCCCCUGCAUUGUGGGGGUUGAGAGGGAUACUCCCAUGGCUUCUCUGGAUGACCCAGGGGAAGUGCGGGAGGGCUUCCUCUGCCCUUUGUGCCUAAAGGACCUGCAAUCUUUCUAUCAGCUUCAGUCACAUUAUGAGGAAGAACACUCCGGGGAAGACCAUGAUGUCAAAAGUCAAAUUAAAAGUCUUGUCCAGAAGGCUAAAAAAGCAAAGAACAGGCUGUUGAAACGAGAAGGAGAUGACCGAGCAGAUUCAGGGACCCAAGGAUAUGAGUCUUUCAGUUAUGGAGGGGUUGAUCCUUACAUGUGGGAACCCCAGGAGCUUGGUGCUGUGAGAAGUCAUCUCUCUGACUUCAAAAAACACCGAGCUGCCAGGAUUGACCACUAUGUUGUUGAAGUCAAUAAAUUAAUAAUUAGGUUGGAGAAGCUCACUGCAUUUGACAGAACAAAUACCGAGUCGGCUAAGAUCCGAGCAAUAGAAAAGUCUGUGGUGCCUUGGGUCAAUGACCAGGAUGUCCCUUUUUGUCCGGACUGUGGGAAUAAGUUUAGCAUCCGCAACCGCCGCCACCACUGCCGCCUCUGUGGGUCUAUUAUGUGCAAGAAAUGUAUGGAGCUCAUCAGCCUUCCCCUGGCAAAUAAGCUUACCAGUGCCAGCAAGGAUUCCCUGAGUUCCCAUACAAGCCCCAGCCAGUCACCCAACAGUGUCCAUGGCUCCCGCCGGGGCAGCAUCAGCAGUGUGAGCAGUGUAAGUUCUGUCCUGGAUGAGAAGGAUGAUGACCGGAUCCGCUGCUGUACACAUUGCAAGGACACACUGCUCAAGAGAGAGCAGCAGAUUGAUGAGAAGGAGCACACCCCCGACAUUGUGAAGCUCUAUGAGAAAUUACGACUUUGCAUGGAGAAAGUUGACCAAAAAGCUCCUGAAUACAUCAGGAUGGCAACAUCAUUAAAUGCUGGAGAGACAACCUACAGUCUGGAACAUGCCAAUGACCUUCGAGUAGAAGUGCAAAAAGUGUAUGAGUUAAUAGACGCUUUAAGUAAGAAGAUCUUAACCUUAGGCUUGAACCAGGACCCUCCACCACAUCCAAACACUUUGCGGCUGCAGAGGAUGAUCAGAUACUCGGCUACACUUUUUGUGCAGGAAAAGUUGCUUGGUUUGAUGUCACUGCCAACUCAAGAACAGUUUGAGGAACUAAAGAAAAGGAAGGAGGAGAUGGAAAGGAAGAAGAUCCUAGAAAGACAGGCUUCCUUGGAGUCCCAGCGAAGGCUUGAAGAAAGGUGGAGUGACCUGCCAUAUCGUGCCAACGGGGAGGUGGCAUCCCUUCGAAGGGGCCCUGCCCCCUUGAGAAAGGCUGAGGGCUGGCUCCCGUUGUCAGGAGGUCAGGGGCAGAGUGAAGAGUUGGACCCCCUCCUCCAGCAGAUACACAACAUCACAUCAUUUAUCAGGCAGGCCAAGGCCGCAGGCCGGACAGAUGAAGUACGCACCCUACAGGAGAACCUGCGGCAGUUGCAGGAUGAGUAUGACCAGCAGCAGACAGAAAAGGCCAUUGAGCUGUCCCGCAAGCAGGCUGAGGAGGAGGACCUGCAGCGGGAACAGCUGCAGAUGCUGCGUGAACGGGAGUGGGAACGAGAAAGGGAGCAGAUCCAGGCGGCAUCCCUGCACACACGGACCCGGUCUCUGGACUUCCGAGAAAUCAGGCCUUUUCAGCUGGAGCCCAGCACAGAGCCUUGCACCCAUCUUGCUCAUGCUUUGGAUCUGGGCUCUUCCCCAGUUCAGAGCAGUGCAACUCCCAUGAUUUCUUCACCCAGCUCAGCUCUUGAGCCUAUCAGAGUGUGGUCUGGGCCCCCAGUUCUUGACCAGGAAUUCCAUGGCCAGAGCACCAUGUCACAGCAACACGAGGUGCCCUCCCUAAAUCCCUUUGAUGAGGAAGACUUCUCUAGCCCCACAGCAGAGGGCUCUACCAGCCCUCCUGCUGCAGAGCCUGCCUUUGGCCAAUCAUCCCUCAUUCUCAAAGAAUACAAUCCUUUUGAGGAAGAGGAGGAAGUGGUGGCAGUGGCAGGGAAUCCUUUCACUUACUCAGACAGCCCAGCCCCUAACCCUUUCAAUGAGGAAGAUGAGCAUCCUCACCAGAGGCCCUCAAGCCCUCCUGUUCCUGGCAACCCCUUCAAGGAAGCCACCUGUACCAAUCCCUUCGAGAUGGACAGUGACAGUGAGCCGGAGGGUGAGGAGCCCAUAGAGGAGGAACUCCUCCUCCAGCAGAUUGAUAACAUCAAGGCGUACAUCUUUGAUGCCAAGCAGUGUGGUCGCCUGGAUGAGGUGGAGGUGCUGACAGAGAACCUGAGAGAACUGAAGCGUACCCUGGCCAAACAGAAGGGGGGCACUGGCUGAUCACUGGAUAGAUAGGGCACCUUUGGGUCUAGGGGCCUGGCAGGAGCCAGUGGAGCAGGAGCAGGUUGGUGAGAUUGAUGGGAAGGAGGAAGGAUGAGAAGUAAGGUGCACACAGGUUAGGGGAGGAAAUCUGCUGUGCACUUGGAGGUUUUUCCACUACAAUUGAAAACUAAAAUGGGAACUAGAACAGGAAGAAUCAGCAUUCAUUUGCUGUUUUUCCUGUUUUGUUUUGUUUUGUUUUGUUUUGUUUUGUAAAUUGGGUUUUCCCUUUAGAGGGGACUUUAAAUUUUCAGUACUGAGAUAUAACUAAAUGCAUUUCUGUUGGGUCCUGCUGUGCACCUCAUGGGUCCAUUUGUUCCUGCCUAUUCUUUGGUCAUUAUGCAACCUUAUAUAUGGCCCUUCCUUUAGCUAAGACUUACAAGGUGGAUUCCUUUAAACUGAACUCUCCUCUGGUAGGAGUCUGACCCCAUUAGGCUGUGGAUUCCUUUCACUGGAUCUUCCUCUGCCCUGCUGGGUAUAUCCUGCCUGUGCAAUGGAAGGGGGUGGUAUUGCUAGGAAGGUACUACUUUAGACCCAGGAGAGCCCAGCACCUCUUUUUAAGAGAGGGUGAUGGGGAUGAGGUUUCACCAGGGUGUUUUCCUCUCAGUUAAAAUUCUUGUUUGUCUCUUUUAGGAAGUUAAACUCCCAGUACUGAGGUAUCACUGUAGUCUGAUCAUGAGCUUUUUAGAAAAUAGAAGUGGUAAACUUUUUGGUUGAUCAAACUAGUAUUAUUUAGGAGAAGAGUCUCCACCCAAAUGUUGCUCUGUUCUCUCUGACUACUGGAACAAUUGACCCUAGAGAAACCUCCUAGAACUUUGGCAAAAUGACUUGUACCUGGGAUUUUUUUAAGAGGACCCAGUCUGUAAUUUAGGAAUUGGUGAUCAGGAAGCUUUUGUGGAACAUUAUCAGAGAAUAGAAGCUUCCCUAUGUCAGAAGGUAAAUCAAAAUAGUUUCCAAGGCUAGUUGAUUAGCCUUUCCUUUUUGUUCAUCCUGUCCAGACCUGGGGCACUGGUGAGAUAUAUUCUUUCCAAUGUUUAGCAUCACGAAACUGAAACAUUUGAAGAAGCACAACCCAGGACCAUUCUAGUAGCACGGCAGUACUUGAACUCUUCACCAACUAAGGGCAAAAAGGGAAUGUUAAUUUAGUUCUGGUGCUUUGGUUUACAGGAACAUAACCCUUAACUGACAUCUGACAUCAUGAUACCCAAGUGUGCUCAGCUCUGGGUAGAGUUCCUGUAAUUACAAACUUGUUAAUUAAUGGACAAUAACUGACCACUAGUCACUUUAUACCCCUUAACUAACUCUGGGUCAUACUCUCACUGGUUACUGAUGUGAGGGCUAAAAUUCAUUUUGUUACAUUCUGGAAAGACUCCUGUUAAAAUGUUUGAAAAUAUUGUGGUAUAAAAAUAAUCUGUAUUUAUGUUGACACUACAUUUCUUUAGCACCCACUGGAUCUUUGGGUUGAAUGAAAAGGUAGUGUAGCCCUGGCCAGUUUGGCUCAGUAGUUGGAGCGUUGGCCUGCGGACCAGAGAGUCCCGGGGUCGGUUCCCACUAGGGCACGUACUAAAAAAAAAAGAAAGAAAAGGUAGUGUAUAGGGAUGUGGGAAUGGGGAGUUGGUGAAAGGUGUGUGGAAGACCCGUUGCAUUUGGGUUCUGUUCACAAAGGAACGUGAGUGGGUUACUAAUGUCAGCCAGUACCAACCAUGCUGUCAUGGUAGAUUUGGGAAGUUGGCAUUCAGGCAUUUAAAAUGCUGCCUUGUACAGGCAUCAUUUCUCCUUGAGGUCCGUGCCCUUCAUGCUGUACUCCUGGAGGGCUUCAUAGAUGGCUCCUCCCUGCUCAGUCUGUCAUUUCUGUCUGACUGAAGAGGAGGAAGCUCUCUCCACCGAAAAGCAGGUAGUUCCUAAGUGCUGCUAAAUGUUGCUUUUCAUCAUAAUUAUUUUUCUUAUGAGAAUAUAUCUUUUAAUUAGCUGUUGGUUUCAGUUAAAACUAGUUUACUAAACAUACCCUUUCCUUGAAAUCAACCAUAGGUAGCAAUCUGUAAGUAACUAAGAGCAUUGCACAUAAACAUUUUUUAAAACUAAAAAAAAAAGACAAUAUUCUAAACCGAACUAAGGCACUGGGAUGUGAUUGAAUUCUUCCAUGACUGCACUCUUCCAUGUAUCCUUUCAUUUAAUUCUUCUGUGGCUAUAUUCUCCUAUAAUCAUAGACGUGAUAGGAAUUAGAAUUCUAUCCCUCAGCAGUACCAUUUCCCAGAAUUCACAUAGGUACACAGUUGGAUUUAUAGAGGUAGAUUAAUAUCAGGAAAAAGAUGGCCUUUGAAUUGCAACUAUAACUUCAAGUUCUUGACUCGUGAAUAUUUCACCCUUCCUGCAGUCCUUCAAGAUAAAUGGUACCCUCCAUCAAAAAAUGAGCAAGUUCUUGAUAUAGCAUUGGCAGAUCGCCCUAGAAACAGAUCAUAUAUGGAAAAGACUUUGGCUUUUCCUUUUUAUGCCUUGUUUGUAUUUUUACCUGUCUAAUACACUAAGGACACCUACUCAGUGUAUUUGCAGCUCAAUGUGUUUUUGCUGUUCAGAUACUAAAAUGUACCUGAGUCAUCAUGAGCCAUGUGGUAGGUUGGACAUUCAUAUGGUUAGCUUGGGUCUCAAAGUGAGGAAGUGGUCUCUUUACCAGGUUACAGUCUGUGGUAGCAGAUUAUGCUGGUCAUCUGACAAUGAUGGAGACAUUGAUUUGCAUGCAUUGGGGCCUGGUAUUGAAACCUUUUUAAAAAAAUAAUAAAAUAACAGAUAU